AUGGUUCCUCUUAAGGAGGCCGUGGGAAAUGAAGAGCUUCAGGACGAGCUGGAGCAAGAGGAUGGAGCUGAAUCAUCCAACCGAGGAGCUGGAAACCUAACUGAUAGAGCUGUGGAAGCUGAUCAGGCUGAGGUGAACCAGGUUCGGAAGGCAGCUGAACCGUCCAUGAGGGAGGUCCUAGAUGCGGUUGUGCAGAUGGGAACUCAGAUGCUAGCUCUCACCCAAGCGUUCACACCACUGGUGAACUCAUCCGUGGGCCAAGUGAAUCCAGGCCGACCAGCUGAACGGACAGCUGAGCUACGAGCUGGAAGGCCUACUGAUUUGCGAGCUGCAGCUGCUAUUGGAGCUGGAGCUAGAGCUAGAGCUGGACCGGCUAAUACUUAG